AUGGUAGGACCUCGUGGGCCUGAUGCCAUCCGCAUUCUGUUGAAGAACGAGUUAAGGCUAACACAAAUGUAUGAAUACUUCGAAUCGACUCCCCGUGGAAAGAUCUUACUACCGAACUACUGUCCGGGCAUGCCCAGACAGAAGAAAAAGCACAUGUGCAGAGAAAUACAUCACCGAAGUCAUCAACUUGUUGUCGAAUUUCCCGACGGCGAACCGCUCGCCGAUGCCAAAAUAGAAUGUUCCUAUUCACAAAGCAACUUCCGCAUGCAAGAUAUGGAUUUCCUUUUCCCUACUGCACUUGAGUCUUUCACUAUUUCGAUUGGUGCUUUUGCGGACGCAACGCCUUCAGCUGCACGAAAACGCCGUACAUAG